AUGAGUCUAGAGGAUGCUGAAGAUUUGGUUCUCCACAUCAUAUUAUCCAAAGUCGGUCCUGAGAACACAGCGAGAGUUGCCUGUGUCAGCAAACGCCUUCAUGUUUCCGCCUCCGAGGAAUCUCUCUGGUCCAUCUUCUGUUCCCUUGACCUCAACAUCUCUACUCCUCUACAUCCCCAUGGAGAUUAUGCUCCUUCCUUCAAGAGGGCAUAUCAGUCAUGGAGGGAGUCCUUUAUAAUGUAUCCUUGGAGUCUAGUUAAACGCGUUAAACGUUGUUGGGACAAUCUCAAACAAUGGUUAAGCUUAAACUUCCCUGAAGCAGAAGCAACAUUGAGAAAAGGUGUCACGGAGGAUUAUCUUGAAGAAUUUGAGACUGCUCUCAACGUCCAACUUCCUCUCACCACAAGGCUUCUCUACCGUUUCGUCGAUGGCCAAGAACUUUCUGGUGUUGAUGAUGGGUGGUCUCUAGGGCUUAUUGGUGGCUAUUCUGCUUAUUGGCAUAAUAUUAAUGUCUACUUGCUACCUCUUAAGGAAGUGGUAAGGGUGACAUUAAAUAUCAUGGGAGAUGAUCAUCGUAGCGAUUUAGUCGUUGUGGCUGUAUCAGCAGCCCCCAAUGCGAAGAAGAUGUUUUACCUUGAUUGCACAAGCGGUAAGCUUUAUACUGAGACCAAAAGUUCUAACCUUCCUUGUGUUCCCGAGUCUUUGGUUUGUAUCAACGGCGAUCAGCAACAGGACGCCAUGCUGCUUUGGUUAGAAGAACAUGGCAGGAGGUUACAAAGUGGUGUUAUUAAAGUCCGUGAAGAGAAUAACAUCAAACGUAUCAGUUUGUUCCCGGAGAUUCCUCCCUUGUGUUCUAUCUCUGUAACUAAUGGUGUGCAGGUACGUGCUUCUUCUGUGUUGAUGCCUGAAAUAUCUAAUGAUCUGAAUAAGCGACCGGUCUACUUGUAUACAUGUUCCAUCCGGAUGUCUCUCAUGCCCACCUCUAACCGGAGACACCAUAGCUCUUGGCAAAUGCAUUCGAGACAUUGGGUUGUCCGAUCUGAUGAUGCGGUAAUAGGUGAUGUUGAUGGAGAACUUGUGAUAGUAAAGAACCCGCUCUUACAAGCCCAAGAACAAGAGUUUGUUUACAGGUGUAUUUCCCAACUUCCAACGAGUAAUUUAUCCCUUGAGGGAUCGUUCAUCUUUGUCCCUGGAAGUUUGAAAGAUCCGAAAGGGAGUCAAUUCGAAGUCAACGUCGCAGAGUUUCCUGUGAAGGUACCAGACUACAUCUUCUAA